GUAGUGAAAAUGUUGAUAGCUAGUGUUAUAAUAUAUUUUCUGAGUUAUUCGCCACAUCAAAUCUUACUGUUUUAUAAUACAUUUUCUUCACAGCCUUUCCACGACUCGUGGUUAUUUGUGGUGAUAACGACUACUCUUGCCUACAUCAAUUCAGCAGCCAAUCCUAUACUCUAUUGUGUUUUUAGUGAAAAUUUUCGUUUGAAAUUCAGGAAAUUAUUGCAUUGU